AUGAAUAACAUUUUGGAGCACCAGCAGUACCUGGAAACUCCUAGCGACACUUCCUCAGAGACAAGGCUUAGCAGAGAUCAUGGCACCACGAUCAGUUCCACCACUUCAGAAUCAGAUGCAGUGACCCAAACAGAGAUGGAAACUGCUACUCAGACUGAGGUGAGCAGUUCCGUUUCCACCAUUGAUACUGCCAGGCUGAUCAGGGCUUUUGGGCAUGAAAGAGUGCGGGUGUCACCAAGACUCUCCCAGCUUUAUUAUACCAUCAGCUACCAGAAAAGUCGCUCUGAAAAGCGGGACAAGGGAAGUGGCAAAGCAGUGGGUGUAAAAUAUCCAAAGGUUACUUCUGAGACACACAGGAGAAGGAAAGACAUCCAGAAGGCAGUCUCCCUUUCAUCAGAUUCAACUUCUGCAAGCAGCAGUUCUUGGGGACCAAGCUUUGCUCUUAGUAACAAGCGACGGACACGGAUGCUAAACAAAGGUAUCCAAGCAGGAGACUUGGAGAUUGUGAGCAGUGCAACUAAGAAAAACACUCGAGAUGUUGGUGUGACUUUUCCUACCCCAAGAUCUAGCCAGACAAAUCAACGGCCACAGGACCCCUGGCAUCGUGUUGAUGGUAUUUUUGGAGAGUCAGAUGGUAUGGUCACAGAUCAUCAGGCAGCAGGGAGCAAGGGUAAGCAGGAACAGCCAGGCAAUUUUUUUGUGGAGAAAAGGAUGAAAAGGAGCAGGCUGCAUUUACCACAAGGGAUUUCAUGGUUCGUCCAAGCAGAAGAUUUGAAAUCUGAAUCUAGGAAAGAAAACCAUUCCAAUUCCUUUUCUGGUCCUGGUCCAUCUUGGUUUGAACCAUUGACCGGUACAAAGCCUUGGAGGGAGCCUCUCCGAGAGAAGAACUGGCAAGAGGAGCAGCACAGCAAAAUGAUUCAGCCAGCAGUUCCAGAAAAAGAUGCUGAGAACAAGUCAUUACGACCGUUUGUGAAGCUUACGCUACAGGAGGCUCUUGCAGCGCAUCGCCCUGAUUUCAUCUCCCGCUCUGGAGAGCGUGUGAAGCAUCUAAAGCUUGUAAUGGAGGAAAGGAGGAUACAGAGCGUACUGCAGUCCGAACGUGAAGAGCUAUUUAAUCCUCCAGAGAAAAGAAAGGGCUACAGAAAUGCAAGUCACAUGCUGUCUGACAGAGGUUUUCUGGUUAGAGAAAAGAGAAGAACAAUUCCAAAGAGUGAAAUGGUUCAAAGAUCUAAACGGAUCUAUGAGCAGCUGCCAGAGGUGCAAAAGAAGCGAGAGGAAGAAAAGAGAAAAAUGGAAUACAACUCAUACCGUCUGAAAGCACAGCUUUACAAAACA